AUGGCUUUGAGCUCCUGGACCAAAGAGCUUAUUGCGGCGGAGAAGCUGAUGCGGGAGGUGGCCGUCGCCACCGGCCCCUCCCUGGAGCUCUGCACCGUCCCCGCCAGCCUGGGCUCCUCGGUGGCGGCCGGCGCGCUGGAGCGGCUCUUUGCCGUGGAAAAAUCACUGAAAAGUGACUAUUUUAAAUGCAAUAAAGAAGCUGGAAUCUUUCUUAAGGACAUUUCUGUAGCCGUGAAGAAAUUGGAAGAAAUGAGAAGAGCCACAAUCGAUCUUCUGGAAAUUGAGAGCAUGGAAUUCAGCAGGCUGUACUUCCUGUUGGGAACUCUACCCAACACCAUUAACAAGGAAGUGGAAGAAUGUGUCAGAGAUGCCCGCAGAUUAAAUCUUCAGGAGAUCAAUGAAAUACGAGCAAAAAUCAGAAAGACGAAUAAUGAAAUAGAGUUUCUGAAGAUGAAAAUAAUUGAACUGGAAGAAGAAAAUGAAGACUUGGGUGAAAAGCAAGAAGAGCUGGCAGAGCGGUAUGAAAAGUUUGUCACGGCACUCAACUACGCGUUGGAAGAGAAAUCCACGGCCACUGUUUACAUAAGUGAGACUUACACCAGAAUCAGCUUUGAGAAAGAAGAAAUAGACUCAAUAAAAAAAUGCAUUAAAGAGGCAGAGGAGGAACUAGAAAAGCAAAAAGGAGAAUAUUUGACAAAAAAACAAGCUUUGACUGUACAGAUUGAAGAAUUCAAAAAAAUCUGUGAGCUUAAGAGAAAGGAGACUUACAAAAAGAAGAAAGAAUUGGAUAAAUUACUAGCUGAAAUGUCAAAAGUUAAAGAAAUAGUUACCAUCAGAUCAGUGAUUCUCAGUGAUCACAAUUUAGAGGUGGCAGAGCUACAUGGAUCAAUAAAUCAUUGGGAAAAACAGGUGGAUGAAAUAAAGAAAUCCUGUAAGAUGCUGGAGGACAAAAUGCAUUUUUUCACAACUCACAAGGAAAAGCUGGACAAUAUAUCCAAUAUUGAGAAAACUGAAUAUCUGCAAAAGAUAAAACAGCUGACUGAGAAGCGACUCAGGGUGCAAUCAGAGAACAGAGAUCUACGAGAGAAACUGCAGGCUCUGAUGAGACAGUUGAAGAUCGUCUUAAGUGAGGAGGAUAAAGUUUUUGCACACAAACGGAAGGUCUAUGAUGAAAAUCAGAAACAACUGGCUUUCAUUGCUCAGAAAGAAAACUUCAUAGCACAAAGGAAGGUAGACAUCAGGAAUAUGGAAGAAGGACUCGUCACCCUCCGAGAACUUCAUCAAACAACAAAAGAAACAUACCGGAAACAAGUAAAACUCCUAAGUGAAAACCUGGAAAGAGAAAGUCAGAGAUGUAUUAUAACACAGUGGAAAAUAGCUUGUUUGAGAAAAAAGCAUGCACGCUGGAGAGUCAAAGCGAGGGCAGAGGUACAAGAACUUGCAGAAAAACUUGAGCAAGCAGAACGUAGACGAGCUCAAUUAUUUCGAGAGACCACUCUUAGAGAAAAGGAGAUCGAGGAAUUUGUGGCACAGAUUGGAAAACUUACAGUAGAAUUAAGAGAAGAGGAAGAAGAAUUUAUUACAAAUGAAAAAAUGCUGAUAGAGGAGCUAAGCAAAUAUGAGGAGAUAUUUGUUCAGAAAGCACAAAUUAGUAGAGAAAAAGAAGAUGAGCUGGGUGAUCAGCUUCCACAACUUCAGAUGGCAGAAGAAGAAUACACAGAGAAGCACCGGAAGUUAGAAGCGGUGUGCGCUGUUCUUUCAGCACACAAGGAGGAGGAGAAUAUGAUGAACAAUGGCAUUUAUCAGUUUACGAGGGACUUUUCCAGAUACUUUAACGAUGCGGGGAAAGUGAAGCAAGAAGUAAAACACUUACGAGAUCAAGAAAGCAAAAAAAUUAAAGACCAUUUUGAAAUUCUCAAGAACUUAGAAAAUGAAAUCUACGUAAAUGAUCAAAAAGUAGAGCAUUUGCUUCUGGAAAAUAAAAGAUUAAAAGAAUAUAUUGCAUACCUGAAGGACAGCACAGAGAAAUGGAAGAACGGACAGGAAGCCCUCAGGCACAACUUCAGUAGCCUCUCCUGGCAACUGAUAGUUCAGCAGACAUAUUAUGUGGAUUUGUGGGCUGACUUUCAGACCAUGGUUAAGGACUUGGUGUGCACUGGUGAAAAUACCUUGCAAGAAAUACAAAAUCUAAUAGAUAAGCUGUACGAAAGGGAUGAAAAAAUCGAAAGCAUCAGUACUUGGCUCCAAGGGAAUCUGGAAGAGCUGCGUUGUCUCAUGAAGCAGGAAUCAUCAGUGGACCUGCGUCGUAAGUAG